AUGUCGGGCCAAAGAACUUCUCCGCUGAAGAACUUCUUUGCGGGCGGUUUCGGUGGCAUGUGUUUAGUGACAGCCGGACACCCGUUGGACACAAUCAAAGUACGGCUGCAGACGAUGCCUAUACCCCCGGCCGGACAGACAGCCCUAUACUCGGGAACCUUUGACUGCGCGAAGAAGAUUGUCGUGAAAGAGGGAGUGUUGGGUCUCUACAAAGGAAUGGCCGCUCCUCUCACGGGAGUCACCCCUAUGUUUGCCGUCUGUUUCCUCGGCUUUGGUAUCGGAAAGCGUAUACAACAGACCGAUGCCGACGACCCCUUGACUUUAGUACAGCUCUUCAAAGCGGGAAUGAUUUCCGGGGUCUUCACGACAGCCAUUAUGGCUCCGGGAGAGCGCAUCAAAUGUCUGCUUCAGGUGCAGGCGGCCAAUACCGGCGCCCAAAUUAAAUACAAGGGUCCCAUCGACUGCGCCAAACAACUGUAUGCAGAGGGAGGCCUCAGAAGUAUAUAUAAGGGAACGGCGGCCACUCUGUUGCGGGACGUACCGGCCAGUGGUAUGUAUUUUAUGACAUACGAGUGGUUGCAACACGUGUUGACACCAGAAGGCAAAUCCAGAAGCGAUUUGAGCGCCGGUCGCACUCUUUUUGCCGGAGGAAUGGCUGGAAUUUUCAAUUGGUUGGUCGCCAUUCCUCCCGAUGUGCUCAAGUCUAGACUCCAAACGGCACCGGAGGGUACAUAUCCUAAGGGUAUUAGAGAUGUGUUUAAAGUGAUGAUAAGAGAAGAAGGCAUCCGAGCUUUAUAUAAAGGCGCGACUCCUGUCAUGUUAAGAGCCUUCCCCGCAAACGCCGCCUGUUUUUUCGGCUAUGAGUUGGCCAUGAAGUUCCUCAACAAGUUUGCACCCAAUCUAUAA